AUGCAAGUAAAAAUAAUACUUAUAAUAACAUAUUAUUUUAUAUGUAUACACCGCCAGACCGAGUACUCUAUCGAUGUCGGGUUUGGAGUCUGCCUGGGAUUGCAGGGGAACGCUGGCUCAGACAUCGACUGUUUGGGAUUCCUCUUCAUCAAUGCCAUCAAGUCGUCUGUGCUAACCGACAUGACCUAUCCCAGCCUGGCCAUGUACACACCCCAGGUCAAUAAAGAAUAUAUAAAAUCGUCAUCUCAUCAAAACGACACUACUGCAGCUCAAGAGCAUAAAUGUGUGUACAGCCGAUCUGUGACCAAGUCUACCACCUGGAGCACCACCACUAAGAUUGAGGGCACCGUCAACAUGUCUGUUCAUGCAGGGAUCCCGAAACUGGUGGGGGGGUCUGGUGGAUUUAGCUUGACCACGGGAGCAGUGCUGUUGUCCACAAUGAACUCCUCAGAGACCAUAACCGAAUCAGAUGAGGUCAAUGUGACGGUCCCGGCACGAAAGACCGUGAGCGUUGAUUUGACAGUGGGACGAGCAGACAUCAACCUCCCCUACUCAGCCACAGUUAAAAUCACAUGCAUGAAUGGCAGCGAGCUGGUCUUCCCAGAACAUUUUUCUGUCUAGCUAAUGCCAUUAUUUAACGUUUCAGCUUAGUAAAUGAUAAUUUCAGUUCAAAUAUUCCAUAUGCUGUUAAUUUAGCCUGGAAAGAUAAUACGUUUCUGAACACUUCCAGUCAGAUGCUAAUCUUACUACUAUAAUAGCAGGCCUGUCGCACCAGUUACUCAAGUUGGUCAUGUGCGCAUGUGCCAAGCAGCCUGCAGCUCACACACACACACAGCACACGCAAACCCAUACACCGCAAGCACUAGGGAUGGGCACGGUAAUUCGAAUAUUUGAUUAUUCGAAACGGUGUGGGUAGUUGACUUUGAGUUUUUUUUUAAUUUUUGCCUUAAGUUCAUUUAAUAUAUAUUCAUUAGCUAUAUUAAUAACAUAUUGUUCAUUAAACGUGUAUACUAAUGCCAUUCAAUACUUGGAAUACUUUGCUAUACCGGCAACCUCCGUUCCAGACAAGUCUUUUCCACGGUGGGCUUGAUUGUAAAGCGCUUCCGCACCCGCCUAUGCCCCGAGCACGUAGAUAUGCACAAUUUUUUUAACAAGAAUG